AUAAAAGACCAGGCAAUCACAGAGUCUUCACAGUAUUUGAAUAGUAAGUUUAGACCUGUGAAUUUGCGAAUACUAAAGUUAUUAAAAUGUUCACCAAGUUAUUUAUUGCAUUGUGUAUUUUGGCGGUUGUUAACAGCGAAUUACUUCGCGUUAAAAUACAAAAGGUCAAAAAAUCCCAUCGCAGUCGUUCCGCAGUUGAAGGAUUAUACAACAGUGGCGACGUUAGCUAUUAUGGUCAAAUAUCUAUUGGCACUCCCCCACAACCCUUCACGGUUGUCUUCGAUACUGGUUCAUCCAAUCUUUGGGUACCAUCAAAAGCCUGCAAAUCAUCAGCAUGUGCCCCUCAUAAGAAAUACAACAGUGCAGCCUCAUCUACUUAUGUCAAAAAUGGACAAUCCUUCUCCAUUGCCUACGGAACAGGCAAUUUGGUCGGCUACCUUUCUCAAGAUACUGUAACAGUUGCCGGUUUGCAAGUUGCAGGACAAACAUUUGCUGAAGCCACCAACCUUGCAUCCUUCUUCGCCAACAUGGAAUUCGAUGGUAUCCUUGGUCUUGGAUACAGUUCCAUUUCUCAAGAUAAUGUAACACCUGUUUUCUACAACAUGUACAGUCAAGGACUGAUCUCAUCUCCUGUAUUCUGUUAUUACUUGAACCGUAACGCAGCUGACGUUAACGGAGGUGGCGAAAUUGUUUUCGGUGGAGCUGACCCAAACCACUACACAGGAUCUUUCACAUUUGUGCCAGUUGAUGAACAAGGAUAUUGGCAAUUCAAAAUGGAUGGUGCCUCCAUUGGCAGCUAUAAGUUCUGCUCUGGUGGUUGUCAAGCUAUCGCUGAUUCUGGAACUAGUCUUUUGGCCGGUCCUCCUUCAGUUGUUAAUCAAAUCUUCAGUUUAAUUGGAGCUUACGAAAGUUGGACUGGUGAAAUGGUUGUUGACUGCAGUAGCAUCUCAAGCUUGCCAACCGUUUACUUCACAUUGGGCGGCCAUUCCUUCCCAUUGACAGGCGAGGACUACAUUAUUCAGACAACCAAUGCUUUUGGAUCUGUCUGCGCCGUUGGAUUCUCAAGCAACCCAGAUUAUGGUUAUGGUCCAGACUGGAUCCUUGGCGAUGUUUUCAUUGGAAAGUACUACACCCAAUUCGACAUGGCCAAUAAUCGCGUUGGCUUUGCCACAGCUGCUUAAUAAUUCAGAAUAUACAUAAUUGUUCUAGUUCUGAAUCGAAUAAGGUACAGAAUACCACAUAAGAGUAUCUCAACUUCAAUAAAAGGAUUUUUUUCAACAAA